GGGAUUUGUAGACACAAGCAUUGACAAAGGAAUGAUUGCUCGAACAUUACCGCGCAUGCUCGGUAAAGGAGCACACCUUUCACGUUCAUUCGCCACCUCAAUACAGGCACGAGCACCUCUUGUUUCUAGUAAUUAUCGCAUUGCGUCUGGCAUCGUCCUUUCACGCACUCCACAAAUCACUCGAGAUUCCACUCCAUUUGAAAAGGCUUACUUUGACUAUUCUGAGAAGCUCGAGAGACAAUCAGCAAUCCCUCUCCCAGCAGACUUUUACUUCAAAAAAGGUUCGCUUGCUGAACGCAGGUGGAAGGAAGAUGAAGCCGCUCGCAUGAAGGCGAUGGCUGAUCCCAAAUUGUCCCUUAGUGAGGCUGUCAAGGAGACUCAAGUCAAACAAGAAGACGCAGACGUUACUACACAAAUGAACAAGUUUGAAACCGGAAGCAGACUGAGCGAGGCCGAUAAAAAGAAUGAUAUCAAAAGCUUAAACCGAGCAUUACAGCGAACCUUGUACCUCAUUGUCAAGAAACCAAGGGACCAACAUGCUUGGCAGUUCCCUCAAGGUGCUGUCGAAGAGGGUGAAUACCUCCAUGAUGCAGCAGAACGAGAGCUUGAAGAGGAGUGUGGCAAGAACAUGGAUGUUUGGUUUGUUGGAAGACAACCUGUUGGUCACUAUGCUUACAAGUUCCCUGAAGACCACGUCGCUAAGUACCCUGGAGCCACUGGAGCCAAAGUUUUCUUUAUGAAGGCUCAUGUAUUUGCUGGUCAAUGCAAUCCCGACAACAAGGAAGUUGUUGACUUUGCAUGGGUUACCAAAGACGAACUACCCAACUAUGUAUCGCCAGAAUACUUUAACGCUGUUAAGGAUAUGUUGAGCGAUUUGUAAAUUACCAGAAAUAAUAUUUCUCUAGACUUUUUUCCCCCCUUCUUUCUUUCAUUUUUCCUCAAAAGUAGUUAUCACUAUUGGUUGGGUUGCUUCUAUAGUAGCUAUGCAAAUGGAUGGUCAUAUAAGAAUAAAACAAAACAAAUAUUACACCACAAAGGUCUUAUGCCAAUUUUUGUUGGCCUUUUUCUUUUCUUGUUUCCCCUGUCAUUUUGGCGGUUUUAGCUCCGAACUGUAUAGCACGCUUCCAAUUUCGGCUGGCUUGGUGCAUGCCCAGA